AUGGAAACGGGAAAUCGGAGUCAUUUUGAUUUAUUACGGGCUGAACAUUUAUUAUUGACUUCGAAGUAUACUGAACUUAAAAAAAAUUUUGAUUUAUUGCAAUCUUCUGCCGGUAGUAAGAGUAGUUCUAAUGGUCUUGCAAGUCAACUAAUUCAGUUGUCUAAUGAUUUAUACAUUAAUCCUAAAUACAGUGAUCUAACCUACGAGGUAGAAGGUAAAACAUAUCGAGGACACAAAUUCGUUCUCUCUGUACGGACCCAUUACUUCGCCGAUUUAGAAAACAAAAACAAGAUUGAAUUCUCGGAGCUUUCUUCAAAUGUCUUCGAUUUAGUUUUUAAGUGGAUGUACACUGAUGUUUUGGAUGAAACCAAUGAUGCUAGCCUUUUAAAAAUAGGAGAGUUUUCUUCGAAGUAUAAGCUGGAGAGUUUGCAAGAGUUAGUAGAGCUCCUUCUCACUACCAGAUUAGAUAUUUCAAAUUGUGUACCAAUAUUCGAAUUUGCAGACAAAGAAGGCUUCGCCAAGCUAAGAGAUGAUUGUGCUUCUUUGGUUGCCGCUCGUUGGAACGAUUUUACUAAGGAUCAUUUCAGUUCUCUAUCCGCUACAUUACUUUUUCGUCUUCUGAAAGGAAACUCUACGAACGUCCUCAACUCCAUCAUUGAGCUUGAAAGAGAAGACGUGUUGUUUUUGUUCUUCAUUGAAAAUGAUUCAAAGUUGAAAACACUUUUGAAUGAUACCACGCACGCUUGUUCUGCUUUGGAAUUAUCAGUAACUUUGAAAAGUUUCACUAUUGCAAAGCAGUUAAUCGACCAUGGAGCUGAUGUGAAUCUGUUUUACCCCAGUACUAAUGAAACUUUGUUGAAUAGAAUGAUCAUUUCAGGAAAUGUUGAAGCGUGUGUAUUUUUAGUUGAAAAUUCAGUUAGCUUGAAGCCUUCAAACACAAGUUGUCCUUCUCCUUUGCAAACUAUUGCAAUAUCCAAUGUCACCGAAGAGCUUUUAGAAUGGGGUUUAAGCAUCAUCAGCACCUCCGAUGUUAAUUUCACAUCUGAUGAACCAAAAUUACAUAAAAGAAGUGCAUUAGGAUUAGCUUGUUUGAAUGAAAAUAUCUUGUUGGAACGUUUCAUCGUAGCACUAUUAGAGAACGGAGCGGACCCUAACGUCAUUGAUGAUAAAUCCGAAUGUUGUCUCUGGCAUACAUUAGUUGCACCUCCUAAAUUAUCUGUUGCUCAAAAAUUGAUUGAUAAGGGAGCAAAUGUAGAUGUACAUGUGCAUUCAGAUCCUCUACUGUUCCAUUUGUUGAGUGAUUUACAGUCUUACGAGUUUCUGCUUUCAAACGGAGCUAAAAUAAACAUUUGUGAUAAAAAAGGCUCAUAUUUGAUACACCAAAUUGUUGAGUUGUUCAAAACCAACAAAGAUCUUGGUAAACAAUUACUAUUGUCAACUUUAACUCAUCAGCUGAACUGCAAUGUUCUAAACGAAAAUAAUGAAACUCCAAUUCACUUAGCCGUUCAAACAUCUGUUGAGGCUGUAGAAAUUCUACAAAAGCUUGGAAAAGAUAUUGACUGGGCUCUAGUUGAUAAAAAUGACAGAUCCGUUUUGAAACUUUCUUUGGAAAGCAAGAAGUUUGAUUGUGCUGAAAUAAUCCUCGCUGGAGGAGCACUGAUAGAUGAAACAAAUAAAGCUGGAGAGAAUUUACUGUUGCAAUCUGUCAAGAAUGGUCUGGAUGAUGUUUGUGUUUUCCUGCUUGCCCACAAAGCUAAUCAUAAUAUCAGAGAUUCUAGUGGUGCAAGUUGUUUAGAGGUGGCUCUUUCACAAGGGAUGGAAGGAACUGUAAAAGCACUUUGUGGCGUUGGAGUGAAUGUUAAUGAAAGAUCUGUAGUAGGAAAUGGUUUUGGUGUGUUGACGAGAGCUAUCUCAACAGAAAACUUUGGAUGUGCUUCUCUUCUCGUCUCAUUUGGUUGUGACUUGGAAUCCUGGACUCAGUGCGAAGAUAGUGAACAAUCAUUGCUUCAUCAUAUGCUCGACCUUGGGAAAGAAAAAGCGGCUAUAUUCCUGAUCAACAAUGGAUGUGACGUUAAUGCUAAAAAGAGGUUCAAAAAUGUGAAUGAUGACGAAGGGCAGACUCCCUUACACAUGGCAGUCGCUUGGGGUCAAUCAGAAGUGGUAAAAGCUUUGAUUGAAAAAGGUGCCGAUUUGAAUGCACAAGAUGUUGAUGGACGGACAGCGUGUCAUAUAGCUGUUCGAGAAAGCAAUAAAGAAGCUUUAACUAUUCUCCUCGAAGCUCCUGAAGUUUCAUUCAUUAGUACUCGGGAUAAGUUCGGCCAGACGCCUCUAUCUCUGGCUAUAUCGAGAAGAGAUCAUAAGUCAGCUGAAGAAAUUGUGAAUCGACAACCACAUGCCGCUCUUCAGACUAAUGGAAACGGAGAAAAUUUACUUCAUGUUGCCGUACGGACGAAUGAUCUUGAAAGUGUUUUGUUCCUUCUCGGAACUCACACAGAUCCCACUCGAACCACACAAGAUUCAACCCGGAAAACUGCUCUACAUUUAUCAACUCUUGCCGAAAAUGAAUUGAUUAUGAGAAAUUUAAUACUAGCUGGAUGUGUAAUAGAUGCCCGAACUUCCGACGGUAGCACUCCACUCCAUGAUGCCGCUCGUGCUCAUAGAGCUGACUUACUUAGAAUACUGUUAGAAAAUGGUGCAAGCACUGAAAUUCUUGAUGAAAAAGGAGAUACAGCUUUCUUAACAUCUGUACGAAAUGGUAGCUACGCAUGCGCCAAAAUUCUACUGACAGAGGCAAAUAUCAACAUUCACGUUUCUAAUAAAAUUAAUCAAACGGCACUUCACAUAUGCGCUUCCUUGCCCUCGAACAAAGUCGAGGAUUCUUUUUCAGCUGGUGACUUGUGUGAAUUGAUAUUGAGCUCUGACUCAGGAAGAACUGUUGAAAAAGAUUUUAUAAGCUUCGUGGAAUCGAAAGACGAUCUCGGAAACACUGCAUUAUUGAUUGCUUAUAUGAAUGGCAACUCUGUUGUUUGUCGACACCUCUUACGGAGAGGAGCGUCUAUGGGGGCACGCAAUUUCGAAGGAAUCACUGUCUUCACAUAUGAAAUGCCAACUAAACAGCUGCUGUUUGCAUUACUAGAUGGACUGGAAAGGGAGCCUCGAUGGUCUGAUGGAGAUGUUUGCGACUGCGGAGUUAAAUUUUCCAUAACCCAAAGAAAACACCAUUGCCGUCAUUGUGGAAGAGUAGUUUGCUCCAAUUGUUCACCUCAAGCAAUGCCUAUAGCCAAAUUCGGAGAAGAAAAGAAAGUUCGACUCUGUGACCUAUGUGCACGGGUCCUCACGAAAGGAUUUCAUUGA